ACCGUGCCUCUGUGCAUGAGGCAACCGCAGCCCGGAGGAUCAAAAAGCCAGCUCCUCCGGGCCUGCAGCAGGCGAGGCGGCUCCCCAGGCUGCCCCUCUUUUACGGGGAGCCUCUGGCGGUGCCUCCCCCACACCCGCGGCGGCGGAACUCAGGGGGACGGCGCCCGCCUCCAGCCGGCGCCCGUUCGCCGGCCGCGCUCGGGCCUGCGCCUCCUUCCGCCCCGCCGUUACCGCGGCAACGGCAGCGGCAACGGCGGCGGAGCGGGGAGCGGGGAGCGCGGGCCCGGCGGCAGGAUGAUGCUCUCCAGGGCCAAGCCGGCCGUGGGGAGCGCCCCGGCGGCGGGAGACAGGCGGAGGAAGAAGGGGAAGAAGGUGCCGCAGCUGGAAGAGCUCCUGGCCCUCCGGGACUUCACCGGCGCCAUCGCCUUGCUGGAGUUUAAGCGGCACGUGGGGGAGCAGGAGGAGGACACCGACCUGUGGAUCGGGUACUCCGCCUUUCAUCUGGGCGACUACAAGAGAGCGCUGGAGGAAUAUGAGGCCUUGACCAAAAAAACAGACUGCAAUCCUGAUGUUUGGGUAAACCUGGCAUGUACCUACUUUUUCCUGGGGAUGUAUACACAAGCUGAACAAGCAGCCUUGAAAGCACCUAAGAGUCGUCUCCAGAACCGUUUACUCUUUCACCUGGCACAUAAGUUCAGUGAUGAGAAGAAAUUGAUGAGCUCUCACCAGAAUCUGCAAGACAUUACAGAAGAUCAGCUUAGUUUGGCAUCUAUCCACUACAUGCGGUCCCACUACCAAGAAGCUAUUGAUAUCUACAAGCGCAUUCUUCUUGAUAAUCGGGAGUACCUGGCUCUGAAUGUAUAUGUGGCCCUAUGCUAUUAUAAACUGGACUACUACGAUGUAUCACAGGAAGUGCUAGCUGUUUAUCUUCAGCAGGUUCCUGAUAGCACCAUUGCUCUUAACCUUAAGGCUUGCAACCAUUUCCGACUUUACAAUGGGAAGGCUGCUGAGGCAGAGCUCAAGAACUUGACAGACAGUGCCUCAUCAUCUUUUGAGUUUGGCAAGGAACUCAUUAAGCACAAUCUGGUUGUGUUUCGAGGAGGAGAAGGGGCUUUGCAGGUCCUGCCUCCUCUGGUUGAUGUUAUUCCUGAGGCAAGACUGAAUCUUGUGAUUUACUAUCUCCGGCAAGAUGAUGUGCAGGAGGCUUAUAACCUGAUUAAAGACCUGGAACCUACAGCUCCACAGGAGUACAUCCUCAAAGGAGUGGUAAACGCAGCUCUUGGACAAGAAAUGAUUUCAAGAGAUCACCUGAAAAUUGCUCAGCAGUUCUUCCAGUUGGUGGGUGAAUCAGCCAGUGAACGUGAUACCAUUCCAGGGAGACUGUGCAUGGCCUCCUUCUGCUUUCUUCUUAGGCAUUUUGGUAAUGUCCUGCUUUACCUUAACUCAGUCAAGAGUUACUUCUACAAUGAUGACACUUUUAACUUCAACUACGCCCAAGCCAAAGCUGCCAUGGGCGAUUUUAGUGAAGCUGAAGAGGCGUUCCUUUUGAUCCAGAGUGAGAAGAUAAAGAAUGAUUUUGUUUACCUUAGCUGGCUAGCUCGCUGCUAUAUUAUGAAUAAGAAACCACAGUUGGCCUGGAAGCUCUAUCUGAAGAUGGAGACCUCGGGGGAGUCCAUUAACCUUUUGCAGCUCAUUGCAAAUGAUUGCUACAAAAUGCGUCAGUUUUACUAUGCAGCCAAAGCAUUUGAUGUUCUGGAGAGACUGGACAGUAAUCCUGAAUACUGGGAAGGCAAGAGAGGUGCUUGUGUUGGUGUCUUUCAAAUGAUCUUAGCUGGCCGAGAAGCAAAAAUGGUCAUGGCACUUGUUUUCUGGAUCUGGCAGAAGACAACACAGGAAAAAUGUAGGAAGGGAAGACAAGUCCAAACAAAACCAAAACUGUAUGUGAAUUCAGAGAGCCUCAUUACAAAAAAAUAAACAAGCAAGAAAAAAGAAAAAAAGAAAAAAAAAAACAGUAAUGCCUCCCACAUUGCUGGUGCAGCAGAUUCUUGUGAUGCAAAAGCAGCUCUAGCAAAGGCUACACAAACAUCAUCCUACCUGCAGCUGGAGCAACUCCUGACACAGCAAUGAAUGUUGCAGCUGCUGUUGUGGCAGUUUUAAGGGAAGGACCGUGACAAUCAACAAGAUGCCUGGUUGGGACGUAAGAAACCAAGAUAUCAGGAAGAUGUGGUGAGGAAACAACCCGUGGAAAAUGAGGAUAUUCUCAGAAAAACAAAGCCCCAGAUGGAUAAGGGUGGAUAAGGUCCUUUGGAGACUUUUGAGUGGCUUGCACAGGCAUGAGUUGGCUUUCUAUACAGCUCCUACCUCACUGGAGGUUCCAGUAUAAAACACUUUUUUUUUUCUUCCCUACAUUUUAUGCACAUUAUAGAGCAUACAAACAAUACGUAGUCUGAGGCACGGCUAAACCCCAAAGAACAAAGCAAGUAGCAGAACAGGAAAACAAUGAUUAGAACAAAAACAAAUCUUCUUGAAACUGUUUGGUAUAGCACAAGCUGGUGUAUUCAAAAUGAAAUUCAUAAAGAACUUAGGCUCUAGUGGAUUUGCUUUGUUUUUUGGGAGUCUUUCUAGCUGCUUACAGCAUCUUUUACAAAAUGUAACGAUAACUUAUUCCAGUGCUUGCUAUGCUUGGAUCUGCAGCUGUUUCUUUCUGGUUUAGUUCAAGACACCAAGAUACAGAGCCCCUGACAGUUAGCAACUGUCUUUGCUAGCUUCACUUUAAAUUCAGAGACUUAGAACUGUUAUUUGUCUAGCUGUAUAAAAAAAUGUUGAGCUUCAUAAGAAAUGUGUGCUCCAAGUUGAUCAGAGGUCAGACAAAAUAGAUUUCUGAUGAUUUAUUUGUCUAAUUAAACUCCUAGAAGAGAGGAAGAAGAAGAGAGAAUAAAAAUGAAAGAGUAAAUAUCUACAAAAACUUUAGAUGUGAAAGGAUGCUACUCCUAUCAAAGUCUGCAAUGUCUUAACUUAGAACAAAUGGCUGUCUGCUGUUUCCAAGAACUACUACUAUUUUUCUCUGUAACUCUAUCAAAGGUCUAAUCAGUUAUUGCUGUCUCUUUUUUUUCUUAUUUAAAAAGCAUGUUGCAAAUCUGACCAGGAUGUGGUUCCAAGUGUAUCUACACAACAAUCAACAGAAUUUAAAGUACUGACUCUAGAUGCAAGCCUCAUUUUCUUGUGCUGUACCUAUCUUAAAUUUGUUAUUUCUAAAUACGUCUUAUGAGACUGAAAGAUAGAGUUGAUUUUUAGGUUGAAUACUUACAAUGCACAGCUUAUCUUCACCCUUUUCCAAGGAUAUGUGCACAUAUUACCUACAAACACAAAUUGUUGUAUUCCUGUUACUAUUUACUGUGCUUAUUUCAGUCUCCAGUCUCCCAUCUGGUAAUUGAAAACAAGCAUUCAGCAAAGCCACAGAAGAGCCCAUGAUUUCUACCUAAGACUUCUGCUUUCUGAACACUAAAUUGCUCUUUUGACAAGGAAAGGCCCCCUUCUGUCAUCGCAAAGCUUAAUGACACAGGCUGUGUAGAAGCUUUGAUGAGGACUAGAAUCUGCCUGGCAGGAUCUGCAGGUCUGUAGCUUAGUGAUGUUCAGUUGAGUCCAGAAACACAUUGCUUAUUACGUGUCUCCUCCAAUAGCUGCAUGAAAUUUUCAACAGGAGAACAGGUGGGAUUUACAAAUAAUCUUACAAAGUUGAAAGUCAAAAUAUAUUUGAGGAAUAUCUCUGCCAAGCUUGCUAGUUGCACUGGAACCUGCAAGGUUUUAAGAUGAAACAAGUUCCUUUGACUACAAAGCUCAACAAAGGCUUUCAAAAGGACUUCAAAAGGACAGCCUGUUCCUCAGAUCAGGUCAGGCACUCCACUGACUUCCUGUUGCAAGUAAGAUUCUGGAAUGUCCUCCGCUGUAGUGAACCAAACAUUUUGGUAACACCAUUCCAGUGUCAUGAAUCUUCUCUGGCGUCUAGAUGAAAGUAAGUCAAGUCAAAAAACUUCAUAUGCAGUAAGAAGAAACCAUUGCAUGCUGUGAUAAAGAGUGAAAAGCGGGGUAAUGUUCUAUACGGAAUGGUCUGUUGUAAUUAUUCAAAUACAGAUAUGUAAAUCACACUUGUCUUGCAUCACAUGAGUACAUUUUGAAAAAGAGAACAAAACUUGUCCUUCCCAGAGGAAAGAGGAAAAGAAAUGUAACAUUUUUCUGUCUGCUCCCAAACAGUUGGAGAAUACAGUGCAUAUGAGGGUGUUUAUAACUUCCUGAAACUCAGCAGUUUUGGUGGCAUACCUCCGUCUGGAGAUACCAGCACCCAGUCUGUCAAAGUAGGUGGUGACAGACUGAAACACUUGUGCACUUGCAGGCAGCUCUUGCUCGCGGAGGAGGGAGCCUGGCUGCUGCUCUUACCCUGCCUAACUUGUGUCUUGAGGACACCUCAUUCUCAACACCCCAGAACUGCUUCCCGUGACCAGAACUGGCACCCUACGCACCCGAGGUGGCCACGGAGCUCCAUGUCCUCGCAGGACCACCUCGCUGCCACCUCAGGCCCCGCCGUCCUGCAGAACAGGCUGCCUCAGCCCAGGGAGCAGCAUGGACAAAGCCGGUCCCCUCAGGCGGCCGCACAGAUGCUUCCACAGCCCAGAUGCCUCCACACCGCCACCUCACACCCUGGCACCGACUGUUCCCCCCCUUCCCUCCCCA